AGUCCGUGGGCGAAUAGGCAUUACUGACGGGCGGUAAGUCCCAAACACUCUCGGUAACCUGUUGCUAGCGGAGUUCUUGAAUCAUACUAGCUUUGGAACUUUUUCAUCGCUUGGAUUCAGCAAAGAAAGAUCAAACAUAGCUGAGAGAGUUUUGACUGACAGCUUUUGUACAUACUCAGACAGAUGGACGAUGGAAUCAUAUUUUUAAAUUAAGCUAAGGAAACCUUAACAAAACAAACCAAAAAAGGGUAUAGCAAUCUACACAAUACGUUUUACUAUUUGCCUGUUUGUUUGUUUAUUUUUUUCCAGUACUGACAUCUGCAGAUAGCCACUGAAUGUAUUGCAUUUUCGCUAAAUAUUCAGCAACAGUGACGAGUUUGUUCGUUAGAUGUGGUUUUAAGUUGUGAUAAGGUGAAACGUGGAUGCAGUGCGCACUUCACCGGGAAACGAGCCGUGCGACUCCGGACAGAUUAAUCGGGUUUAUUUCAGGAACUAUCCGUCAUACCGCACCUGGGGAGAACUCAUUCAUCCAUCGAUGUGAAACAGACGUGAAAUGGUUUUCACUUUUUCUCCGAGUUGCGAAGGGAUAACUUAGACACAUUACUCUCACAAUGAAACUGUUGAACUUAUUUUGUGUAAUUGCCGGAUUGUGGAGGAUGCUGUCAGCCAGCAGAAGCUGUCCGGAUCUCGUUAUUGACGGCUGUCGCUGUACGUCCGAAAGACACAUGGAGCUAAGCAGACAGACAGUCCGUGUGAAAGUUGUGUGUAGCGGAGCGGAGUUAAUGGACACCUUCCACCCCAGUUUUCUUCCGAAUACCACGGUUUCGCUGGUCCUCAGCCAUAACAAGAUCUCCUUGCUGAAAAACAGCUCCUUCUUGGGUCUUUCAUACCUGGACAGACUAGAUCUGAAGAAUAAUCUAAUUAGUACCAUCGAGCCUGGUGCAUUCCGUGGACUGGCAGUGCUGCGGAAACUAGAUCUCUCCAAUAACAGGAUUGGCUGCGUUUCUCCUGAAAUGUUUGUUGACCUCGUCAAUCUCUCCAAAUUGAAUUUAUCAGGGAACAUCUUCUCGUCUCUGCCAGACGGACUGUUCACCCACCUUCUGUCCCUCGAAGUACUGCACUUCAGCUCGGAGUCUCUGUACUGUGACUGUCACCUGCAGUGGCUGCUGGUGUGGGCGCGGGUCAGCUCUGUGCGCAUUGGGAACAGCACGCCCUGCGCCUACCCCACCCACCUGCACGGCCUGGAGUUCCGCAGCCUCCGGGAGCAACAGCUCACGUGCGUGGCACCCCUGGAGCUUCCCCUCUUCCAGCUCAUCCCGUCCCAGCGGCAGGUGGUGUUUCGGGGAGACAGGUUGCCGCUGCAGUGCACUGCUUCAUACCUGGACGAGUCGAUCAGACUGCAGUGGAGCCACAAUGGCCGCCCUGUGAGCACACAGGAGCAGAGCGGCGUUCUGGUGGAGGACAGCAUCGUACACGACUGCUGCCAAGUCACCAGUGAACUCAUCCUCUCCAAUAUUGACAUUGGUUUGUCGGGCCACUGGACCUGUCUGGUGACCAGUUCCCGUGGAAACAGCUCCAGAAGCAUGGAGAUUGUUGUUCUGGAAACUUCUGCGCCUUACUGCCCAGCUGAGCGAGUUACCAAUAACAAGGGGGACUUCAGGUGGCCCAGGACACUAGCCGGGAUCCUGGCCUUCCUGCCCUGCCUCCCUCACUCUUUCGGGUCCUCCCAACACUCCUCCGCCCCGCGGGAGAAGAAAGCUUGGCGGCGAUGUGACCGGGCGGGGCACUGGGCGGAGGAGGACUACACUCAGUGUGCCUACGCCAGCGAGUUCACUCGAGUCCUCUACCAGCUCAGUCAGAUGGCGAUCAACGUCACCAAUGCCCAGGCUCUAGCACAGCAGCUCUCUGCCUUCACCAGCAGGGCGGCGCUCUUCGACGAUAAGAUGGACAUCAUCUUCGUGACGCACAUCAUGGAGAGACUCCUGCGCUUUGUGGACCGGAUACAAGAUCUGGGAGACUACAUCUCGGACAUCGCCAGCAACAUGAUGCAGGUGGAGGAGCAUGUGCUGUGGAUGGCGCAGAACGAGGCCCGGGCCUGUACACGCAUGGUGCAGUGUGUGGAGCGCAUCGCUGACCUGGCCCUCACCGGCCACACCCCGGUCAUAUCCAAGGUUUCGCCCAACAUCGCUCUGGAGGCGUUCAUGAUAAAGCCGUCCAGUUUCACCGGGCUGUCGUGUACGGCGCUCCAAAGGGCGCCCCUCACCCCCGAGGGGCACCCGGUCCGCCCCGCGGAGGCCGAGAAACCCGCCGGAUCCCUGCUCAAUUUCAAAUGCAGUACAGCCGACACCAGCUCUCCCCUGCUGGCCCAGCCUGGCAAGAACGCAGUGGCAGUCGCUUCUAUCCAAUUACCGCUGGCUGGUUCUCCUAGCUCCCCUGCGUUGCAAUCUGUUGAUAACUCCACUUGCAAGCUGCAGUUUAUUGUCUUUCGAAAUGGGAAACUCUUUCCUUGCACAGGGAAUUCGUCAAAUCUCGCAGAUGAUGGGAAACGUAGGAGUGUUUCGACACCAGUUGCUUUCACUAAAUUAGAUGGGUGCAGCGGAGGGAGCUGGAGCCUCUCUCAGCCCGUUACCGUUGCCCUCCGGCACUUCGCGCUGGGUGUAGACCCAACUGCAGCCUAUUGGGAUUUUGACCUUCUAGAUGGACACGGGGGCUGGAGGGCAGAAGGGUGCCACAUAACGGGCUCUUUGGGCAAUACCACCACCAUUCAUUGUGCGCACCACAAUAACUUUGCAGUGCUAAUGGAUCUAAAGAAGGUGCUGUCCUUUCCGCCCUACCCUGGGGAGUUUCUGCACCCCGUUGUGUACGCAUGCACGGCUGUUAUGUUGUUGUGCCUGUUCGCGUCCAUCAUUACCUACAUCGUGCAUCACAGCGCAAUCCGCAUCAGCAGGAAGGGAUGGCACAUGCUGCUCAACUUCUGCUUCCACACCGCGCUGACCUUCGCCGUGUUCGCGGGCGGGAUCAACCGCGUCAAGUACCCCGUCAUCUGCCAAGCCGUGGGCAUCGUGCUGCACUACUCCUCUCUGUCCACCAUGCUGUGGCUGGGGGUCACGGCCCGCAACAUCUACAAACAGGUCACCAAGAAGCCCCCACAGUCACAGGACGGAGACCCGGCCCCCAGCUCCAAACAGCCAAUGCUGAGAUUUUAUUUAGUCAGUGGUGGAGUGCCCUUCAUCAUCUGUGGAAUCACAGCUGCCACCAACAUUGACAGCUAUGGCAGCGGAGAACAGGCCCCUUACUGCUGGAUGACGUGGGAGAUGAGCCUGGGCGCGUUCUACGGGCCGGUGGCCUUCAUCGUCCUGGUGACCUGCGUGUACUUCCUGUGCAUCUACAUCCAGCUGAAGCGCCACCCAGAGAGGAAGUACGAGCUGCGUCCGGUGACGGAGGAGCAGCAGCGCCUGGCCGCGGCCGAGAUGAGCCACUGCCACACGCCCGACCCCGGGGCCCCGCCCCACCCCCACGCCCGCGCCUCCUGCCCCGCCCUCAACCCCUCCCUGCUGGCCAACGAGCACUCCUUCAAGGCCCAGCUGCGCACGGCCGCCUUCACCCUCUUCCUCUUCCUGGCCACCUGGGCCUUCGGCGCCCUGGCCGUGUCGCAGGGCCACUUCCUGGACAUGAUCUUCAGCUGCCUGUACGGGGCCUUCUCGGUGACGCUGGGCCUGUUCGUGCUCAUCCACCACUGCGCCAAACGAGACGACGUGUGGCACUGCUGGUGCUCCUGCUGCCCCGCCCGGCGACACGCCUGCCCCGGCCACGCCCACGGCCACGCCCGGCCCAAGGUCAACGUCAACGGAGACACGCAGCUGCACACGCACGCCCACAGCCACACGCACUGCCCCCUGGAGUCCCCCUGCCCGGCGACGGCCCUGCUGGGCCCCGGCCGCGGCCCCGCGGGCCCCUGCAAGCUGAGCGGCCUGCAGGCCAUGCAGAACCACGUGGCCUGCCUGUCCCCGGUCGGGCCCUGCUGCGCGGCCCUGCACAGCCAGCAGCUGCUGGAGGACGAGCCUCACGUGCACCUGCACGCGGACGCCGACGGCUACCGCGCCAACGUGCACGUGCACCGCUGCCUGAAGGGCAGGACUAAGCCGCGGCACCUGGGGGCCCGGCACCGGCCGGGCGGCGAGCGGGAGUACGCCUACCACAUCCCCUCCAGCGUGGACGGGGGCAGCGUGCACAGCUCGCACACGGACAGCCCGCACAGCACGCACGAGAGACACGCCCCGCGGCACGCCGCGCACGGCUGCCACGCCCUCUGCCACCGCCACGUGUGCUGCGCCAAGGCCUCGCUCCUCUACGGCUGCGCCAAGAUGGCCGACGAGGAGCUGGCCCACCGCGCCCGCCUGGAGAUGCUCCCGCACCCGCGCAGGCAGUCCUUCCCCCAGAACCCGUCGCCCAAUCAGAACGGCAUCCUGAAGGGCAGCAUGCACGAGGGCUUCCUGUACAGCUCGGACAGCACCGGAAACAUCCGGACUGGGCCCUGGAGGAACGAAACUACCGUGUAGUUCUGAGCCCCGACCCCCGCCCCAGACAUCCUUUUUAGGAGAAGAGAAACUCAGCAUUUCAGUACACAUGCUUUUUAUAUUAUGUCUGUUUCCGUCUGGAAUAUUUUUUUACUGUACAGAUUUCACGUUCUACUUUUCAUUCAGUUUUUUUUGUUUGUUUUGGGUUUUUUAUUUUGGCCUCCGGGUAGACAAUUGAAAUGCUUCAGACCAUUUAAUUUUCCUUUUUAGAAUUUAAAGGAUGGAGAACACAUGCAUAAAGAAAUGACCUUUCAUUUGAAGUAUUUUUAUAACUACAUAAAUAUAAAUCUAUAUGAAGAGUGUGAGUGUGAGUGUGAGUGUGUGUAUGUGUGUGUGUGUGUGUGUGUGUGUCUGUGUGUAUCAUUGCAGAUAAAAGUAUUAAAAGUAGAUUCUCUCAUUCCUUGCGUUACUGAAGUAUGGCAUGUGUUCUCAGUACUCUGAGAGAUGUCAGUGUAUCUAUAUGAGACCAACACACCAGCAAUUUAGAAUCAUUCUUUAAAUGAGCAUACUAUAUACUGUGAACAGUAACUGAAAAUAUAUUCAUAACUAUACUAAAAGUACAUCGCUUUUAUGCAGGCCAGGCAGGUAUGUUGAAACUAAAAUGCCUGUUUUAAAAUGGCCUCUCAAUGCCUGUUCAGUGUCUGUCCAGUCAGCUACAGCCGAAUACCCCUUCUGUGAAUAUUGAUAUCUUGUCGUCCGAGAGAAUCAUUUAGUGCCAUCACUGUUAAAUCGAUGGGGUUGUGGUGCUAAAUGUCUGCCAUGUCAUGAAGUUGUAUAUUGUGAUAGACAGCAAACUGUGUAGCAUGAAGUCAGCAGACCACACCGAUGAGUAAAACAACAGUAGCCCCCACCACUUGGUUUGAUAUGGAGGACAGCGAGUGGUGCUGUGACUUCUGCAGCGAUGAAUACAACAACUGCAGUUCCACUUAUCAACAGCUCUUUUACCUGGCAUAGGUUUGCGUGUG